AUGCUGAGGGGCAGAAUUGGGAAAUGGACUUUGGCUUUGACAGAAUUCACCUUCAGGUAUGUCCCCCAGAAAGCUGUCAAAGGGCAAGCUGUGGCAGACUUCUUAGCAGAUCACCCAGGAGAGGAAAUUGAAAACAUGGACUCUUUGGACAUAGCAAAUGCAAAUCUACUAACUAGGGCUCAUGUUUGCCUUAACAAUCCAAUCUAUUCGAUUCAUCUUACACCUUGGAAACUAUAUUUUGAUGGAUCAAAGACAGAUAAGGCUUCAGGAGCUGGGGUUGUUCUAGAGGAACCAUUGGGGAUCAGACAUUGCUAUUCCUUCCAGUUAGAUUUCCAGUGCACCAACAACAGGGCCGAGUAUGAAGCUUUGAUUAUAGGGCUUGAGAUGUUGGUAGAAUUAGGAAUCCAAUCCGUGGAGAUCUUGGGAGAUUCCAUGCUUGUCCUAAAACAGAUUGCUGGAGAAUACAAGUGUCUAAAUCCUUCUCUGGCUGUAUAUCUAGUAGCAGCUAGAAAUCUAUUGACAGAAUUUAGAGAAGCUACUUGGGAAUACAUCCCAAGGGAAGAAAACUUCGCAGCUAAUGAAUUGGCUCAGGUAGCAUCAGGCAUACAAAUGCCCGAAGACUGCGUCCAGAGGAUCAUCAAGAUAGGAAGGAAAAGUCUACCAUCUGUUUUGACUAGAGGAAUGGAGAUAGAAGUCAAUUCUGCCUUAAUCACUAAAGACGAUUGGAGGGAGCCUAUCAUGACUUACUUACAAUAUCCCACUCUGCCCUCUGAGAAAAGAGUCAGAAUCAUGGCUACAAACUACCUCAUGUGGAAUGAAGAUUUGGUCCGAAAAAGUAAGGAUGAGGUGCUAUUAAGGUGCCUUGGAAAGACAGAAUAUAUGAAAGUCAUGGGAGAAACCCAUGAGGGGAUCUAUGGGGCUCACCAAGGGGGAAGAAAGAUGUGCUGGUUAAUUAGAAGGUAUGGCUACUUCUGGCCAACCAUGUUGAAGGAUUGCAUCAACUAUUCCAAGGGAUGUGAAGCUUGUCAAAGGCACGGCCCAAUCCAGCAAGCUCCUUCUGUUCCCAUGAAUCCAGUGGUAAAACCAUGGCCUUUUAGGGGAUGGGCAAUGGAUCUCAUUGGCAAAAUCUAUCCAGCCAGCAGCCAGCAGCAUUGUUUUAUUAUUGUUGCCACGGACUAUUUCACCAAGUGGGUAGAGGCCAAGCCAAUCAAAACCACAACUUCUCAAGAGAUCAUCACCUUUAUAGAAGAACAGAUCAUACAAAGGUUCGGCAUUCCAGAAUCAAUCACAACUGAUAGGGGUUCUUCUUUCAUAUCUAGGGAUAUGCUAGAUAUGGCGGAAACAUUCAAGUUCAAACUGCUUCAAUCUACCCCUUAUUAUGCUCAAGCUAAUGGACAGGCAGAAUCAAGUAACAAGGUGAUUAUCAAUAUCAUCAGAAAGAUGCUGGAGAAGAAUCCAAAGCAGUGGCAUGAUAAGUUAUCAGAGACUUUGUGGGCAUACAGAACUUCAAAAAGAGAAGCGACUGGCAUGACCCCCUAUGCUCUGACCUACGGCCAUGAUGCAAUUCUUCCCAUGGAGAUAGCAGUCCAGUCUCUUAGAAUUGCUCACCAGCACGGUCUCACAGGAGAAGACUACUCUCAAGCCAUGUUGCUUGAAUUGGAAGAAUUGGAUGCAAGUAGGAUUGACACCCUCAACAAACUCUUAGCAGGAAAACAGGCUGUGUCAAGGGCAUACAACAAAAGAGUCAGAGACAAGAGUUUUGAAGAGGGAGAAAUAGUCUGGAAGGCAAUUCUGCCCCUUGGAGCACACAUAGCUGGAUAUGGGAAAUGGUCACCUACGUGGGAAUGCCCUUUUGUAAUUAACUAG